CGGUUGCUGCGUUAUGGGGGGGACGACCCCCUCGGUUUGCCCUGCAGAGGGAGCCGUGGGGCCGGCUGGGGACCGGGAAGGCCAGCAGGGGGCGCCCCUUGGCUAGCAGCUGGGUGGCCCUUGGGGGAGAGCGAGGGCAGGGCUUGGCGAGGGCGCAGCGCAUCGGCGAUGGUGAACUUGGGGCUGCGGCGCGUGGAGGACGAGGUGGCGGCCAAGCAUCCGGGGCUGCAGGAGUAUGCCAGUUGCCAGUCGUACGCGUUCAUGAAAGGCGUGGGCACCUUCGUUAUAGGCAGCGGCUUAGCCUUCGUCGUUCAGGGCUUCAAUCGGAAGUGGCGUUACUCCCUCCAGUGGAACGUCCUCUUCUCCACAGUUGUCGGCCUGAUUGCCAGCUACACGGUGACUCGGCGGGAGACCAAGAAAUGCUCGGAGCUCUGGCUGUUCCUGGAAAGCAAGAAGCUGCCUCAGAGCCGACCCCAAACGCCUGGUUUAGAUUUUGAAGAAUAAACCAAAGAAGGACUAAGAGUGGAGAUACGGUGGAGUAACCAGAAGACACCCCCCAACACACACACACCCAAAAUGGAAAGCUGCCCUCCUCCCAACCUGCAAUGCUCCCCCUUCUUGUUCCCUCCUAGAAUCCCAAACAGAAGAUGAUGGAAAUACACAAAGCAGCAAGUAAAAUGUGUAAACGCA